GGGCAUAUCUAUGGUUAUAUUCUUAUAUUCUAAACUGUCAAAAACCAGAAUAGACAAAAGAGUAGCGUGGCGUCCGAUUUGAGUCCGAUUUACAAAAUCAUAUGUUUAUUUAUGUAGGUUACUCUCUUGCUUAUGGUUUGAUUGGGUGUUGAGGAGAUGUUUGUUGCGUGUUGAUUUGGUUUCAAGUACUGAGGUCGCGGAAUGCCGUUUGUUGUUAAAACAUUUUUAGCAGUGCCUAAUUGAAAGCAUCAACAAAGAUGGCGCCGAUGCGCGGAGAGCGCGGCGGUUCCCCAGCUCGUGGAGCCCGAGCGUCCCUACCUUUACCGCGGAAGCUAAUCAGGCAGAUCGCACGGCAUGUGGCUUCAAGUGGACGCUCGCUGCGACGCCUGGAGGUGUCCGGACGCAUCAUAGAUAACUUCGACGACAUCGACGAUGCCUCGGACGAGUCGGAUAUGGAGGUGCCACAACCCACAGUGGCGUGCGGUGGUAAUGCAGGCAAUUUACCACCAGCGGAACACGACGAUGACCUCACGAGCUUGAGCUGGCUGCAGGACAGGAACUUGCUUAGAGGAAUAAACUUAACCAAAGGGGAUGUAGAAGACACAAAAAUGAUUGGCAGCCAAGUUGUGAUAAAGUCGGAGCCGUCCAAGACGCCUCCGCCAGUGAUCAGGAUGCCGUCCCCCCCUCGUACUCCUUGCAAAGCUCCCCCCUCCCCUCCAGCAAUAGCCGCUCACACUAAACCUCCCUAUUCCUUCUCCUGCCUCAUAUUCAUGGCCAUAGAAGCCGCGCCAGCCAGAGCUCUCCCCGUUAAAGAAAUCUACGCGUGGAUCGUCCGACACUUCCCGUACUUCAAACACGCACCGCAGGGAUGGAAGAACAGCGUACGACACAACCUUUCGCUUAACAAGUGCUUCCAUAAGGUUGCAGCCGCCCCUGGUCUCGGCAAAGGCUCGUUGUGGACAGUCGAUCCACAGCACAGAGCGUCCUUAUUACAGCGCGUCUCGCCGCAGGCGUUCGGGCGACAGCCGAUCCCUCCAGCGCCGCCUGACACGCCGCCCCCCGCCAAGAACGCGCCCGACCCCGUGCUGUUCCCGUAUCUGGCGCGACGGCUCGCCGCUUCCCCGCCGCCCGCGCCCACCGCCGACGAGUACCUUGCCGCCGCGUCCGUGCUCACCAUGAAGUACGGGCCCGCCGUGCUCGACCAGUUGCCGCCGGCGGCACACCUGGUAAUAUCGCGGUGCGUACGCGACGAGCAUUCGUACAGCGGCGGUUGUGAAGAGCGCCGCACCGCCGAGGCACUGCUCAACCUGGCCGGUGUACCCGCACCGCCCCCGCCCCCCGCGCCCAGCUAGCCCCCGGCCCGCCGUUCGCAUUUGCCGCGCUGUGUUUGGAGUUAGACACAGCUACACUAGGAUUGGUUGCGGAUUCUGCUCUCAAGUGAUGGAUACAUCCGAAUACCAUCUUUACAUUAGAACAUACUAAGAAAUUACUGUGGACAGAAUCCACUCCCGCUUACACUCCCAAUUUCAAAAUCCUACCCCUAUAGCAUGACCACUGUUACAUGACACGAUAAAGCGAUUUUCAACUCUACGAAUAUUAUAUUAUAGAAUCACGGUAGCAAUUUUUUUAAAUGUUUUUUUUUAUCUAUAGACUCGGAAGAAAAAUGAUUUAAUUUGUGCGAGCUAUGAAAUAUCGCGUGAGAGAAAUAGAGUUGUCUUGAUUAUCCGUUUCUUAAUUAUUAUUAAAAGAUUUAAACUAUUAAUAGCAUAUGUUAUUAAUUUAAGACGUCAUCUUAGACUAUCUAGCUACUAUAAAUUAAUUGUCUAUUGGGUUCAAAGUUCAAAAAUCAAUUGCAGAAUUUGAAAAUUUUGUGGUAACAUAUUGUUGUCCGUACCUUUUAGAUAAUACUUCUUUUCGUUAGUUCAAUUAUAACUUUAAUGUUUUUUUUAUAAUGUAAAUUUAUAUCUAUAUAUAAUAUCGGAGUAUCGUUUCGUGUUGCGAUGGUCAUUAGAAGCUCCAGGGGCUACCGCCUAUAUUCAUUAUUUUAGCUAUUUACAGAGUUUAUGACGUCAUCAUGAUCUUUUGUACCACUUAUAAAAACUGUAUUGUAUCGGCAUGCACUCCAUAACCUAAAUAUUGGUUCGUAGAGCAUAUCGAAGUACACGGUACAGUUUUAGUAAGAGGAAAGUAUAGCAUUUUUAUUAAAAGUUUCAUAUCCCUAUCUGAUCCCACCAUGUCCAUUUGAAAAAUUAAAGUUGAACUAAAGUGUAUGAUGUCAAGUUACCAUUAAAACGUCUACGUACCUACUUCUGUCAGUAAUCUAUUUUAUAGAAAUCAUGUUUAUUUGCGACAAAGGCGUUACGCGGUUAAGUUUUGUUUGAAGCGUUGUGUGUUUUAAUUUUCAACUUGAAAUGGUGAUUAUUUAAUACUAGUUAAUUUGUAAGGUUGCGGGUUUGAAUACCUAUAUCGUAGUUGUUAUGGCGCCUCUGUGGCACUUUUGCGUUAUUCUGCUCAAACUAUUGCUUUUAAGAGAACUAUGUUAUUCAUAAGUUACCUAAAGGAUGUAAUCAGCAAUCGAAAAUCUAAGGCCAAGCCCUAGAACGCCUCACUUAGCUACAUAUAAGUUCUAAGAACAAAAUUCAAUUCGAAAUUUAUUAAUGAAUAUAAUAAUUAUGUCUAUUGUCGCAACUAUGUAUGUAUGUAUAGACAAAAAAUGUUUACCAGACUCUAGUCCAAUAAAGACAAUCCAUAAACAAUUUCGGUGACUUAUACAAAUGUUUAAUGAAAUAUACUAAUAGAUAUAAUUCGCUUAGUCAAAUCGUUGAUUCACGACCGCGUUAACAAUUCUUAUAACAUCAUCACAAAGCGAUAUUUUUUCUUUGGAUCGGGUCGCGUAGUGUAAAAUAUUGAUUUAAAUUAUUAUCGUAAUAUUUAAUAGUAGCGACUAAAUAGUGAUAGAUGUGAUACUAUAUGGUACGGAAUAUUAUUUAAAAUAAAAUAUUAAUGUAGUUAAAUAGUACUCCCUACAUGCAUUUAGGUUCCCAGUUUACGAAUAGUCAGACUUUCAUAAUAAGAAGAGUUUUCUUGUAAUUUAACUAAGAGUAAUAUAUUUUCAGUGUUGCCAUACUUCUGUCACUGUGAUGUAUACUCGUGUUUUAGAGUCAACUAUUGUAUCAUACAACUAAAUUUAAAGUGAUGGAAAUAUGGUACACUGUAGUUUUAAGUUUCAAAAUCAGAUAUUUCCUUUUGCUUCGCCUCACUUUAUUUAUGAAAACCUUAUCAUUGGUUUGAUAAUAAGCAAUAAUAUAGUGUAUAAAUAAUGGGUAAUGAUUUAUAUACAAACUACCUGCGCAUGAUCUGAUCAUAUACAAAAUGCUAAACAGGGCGAACAAAAUGUAUUUUAAAUAUCUAUUAAACCUUUCUCACAGAAGUGAUAUGCAUAAUUUUAUGAUAUCAAUAUAUUUAGGCAAUAGAUGUUAGUGAUAUAAGUGAACUGUAUUUUGUGUUCAAACAAAGUGAUCUUCUUACAGUCGCCUACAUUUUUUAAUGAUCGAAAAUUUAUUUAUAAUAUUUACAUUGUACUUAUAAUAAUGUUUAUAUAGCAACGCGUGUUUUGCUUAUAAUUUUAUUGUCCUAGAUUCAGACUUUCACACGAUCGCCUGAUACUAGUGAAAGUUCAAAAAACUAAUUUCGUAAGUAAAUAAUUUUUAAUUAAACUUAUUGCGCUAGGUCAUAGAAAGAUACCUCCUUGUUCUGUCAAGUUGUAACAGUUUCUAUUGACAUAAAUACAGAUUUGAACAUCAUAUCCAAAUACAUCAUGUAGUCAGUGUAUUGAUCUAAAAAGAUAAAAAAAAAAAACAAAUUGUAUCUAAUAUACUAAUAAUACUGCAUAAUCAUGUGUAUUGAUAUGGAUACAUUACUCAAAUUCAUCUUAAUAUCGCCCAGAAAUAUUCUCUAUAAUAAACAGCACCGACGAUUUAAAAAUAUAAUAAUUUUGUAAUGUGAAUGUUAAAAUAUGUACAACGGUACGAGGUGGUUCUUAUCUCAAGUGCCUGCUAAAUGCUUCUAUUCUAUCAUUAAAAUUUGUUAGCCAAGUAAGAGAAGGAUCGAACGAAAUAUUAAUUAUUAAGAUGGAGUGUACCGGAACUUUGCUAAACAAGUUUAGUUUUCUGACACCAGUAUAUCCGGGUAUCAGUUAAUGAUCCGGUACUAAGAGGGAGCCUUGGAAUAAUACACCAACUAGUUAUAUGUGAUAAAGUUUGAGUCUUGCCUGACGGUAAUUUUCUUGUAUACCACUUGAAUGUUUCAUAACUUUUAACAAGACACAUUGCCCCAUACGGAACCAUAGAAGUUUAAGAAUAGAGUAGGGAAGGCGGCUCUAAACGUGUCCGUCUAGUAGAAAGAGAAAGAAGAUGAGAGACCGCUAGCUAUCUCUCUCUCUUGUGACGCAUGGCAUCCAAUGGCAUCACAUCGAAAUAGUAAGAUGCUUACGGUUGCUAAUGCACAUGCGCGAUUAGAGAGAGAAAGGUAGCGGUCUCUCAUCUUCUUUCUCUUUCUAUUAGAGGGACACUUCCACUAGUAGAGUCUAUAUCACCCCUACUCUAUUCUUAUACCUCUAUGUACGGAACGCGGAUAAUGCGUUGUCUGUGGUUUAAAACAGACUUCUGUACUCUAAACACAGCUUUUGUGUAAAAAGAGUGAAGGACUAACCAUUGACUAGACUGAUGUGAUGACUGAUUUGUGAUGAAGCAAUAUUAUUUAUUAGUAAAUUAAAUAUAUUUAGUUUCUAAACCCGAAGGCGGAAAUCUAUGUUGGAUGUAUGUACUUAUUUAUGGGAACUUCUAUAGGAAAUUGUUUUAUCUCGGGUGCAUUUCGUCAAACCAAAUAAAAAAAUCUGAGAUACUAUUCACUAUUAUUCUUAAUAUUGUUUACGGGUCUAAAAGAUUCGGUAAAUGAAGACGCGUUGUUCUUUCAGUUUGAUCUUAUGAGAGAUUCGCAGUGGUUUUUAUGAACAGAUAAAAACUCAAUUCUUAGUUAUAACAAAAAAGUAACACCAAUUUGUCUUUCUGUACCUUCCAGUUUUUUAUUUUUAUUUAUUGUAAAUGGAUGAGUCAAGAAUUAAUAGUUAUUGAUCCGGUUCCUUUUUUAGGCAUAAUACAUUAAAAUACGCGUUUUAAAUAUGAGUAAUUUUGUCAUUGUUAAUAAUUUUAUUGUGUAUUUGAUAAUCUUUUUCACGGUACUAAAAGUACGGAGUAGUUGUUAUUGUUUUCUAUUUUUCUCGAUAUCCGAGUGUUUCUGAAGACAAAGGAAAGUUUGAUGUGUGCCAAAUGUUAAAAAGAAACAUAUAAUUACCGUGUAGCAACAGAUUCAAAUACAAGUAAUAUGGAUGUAUUUAUAUGAUAUAAUAAUAAAUAAAAUAUAUUACUUAUGUUAGCUAGAUUAGGUUGUAAGUGAUAUUAUUAAUAAUAAUAAGAAUUGCUAAAUUAUGAAAUACUACAUACAUUUUGCUGUAUUUAGGAGCGUCUUCCAUCUUAUUCGUAUUGUUUUCUCUUAGGUAAAAGUUGGAGAAGGAAAUUUCAUGGAUAUUUUGAAUUUUGCUUAUUCUACGUGUGUUCACGCUAUGCAAAGCAAGUUGUUUAAGCAUUCAGAUUUUUAUUUCUAUCGUCGUCGUUAUAACUUACCAACUUAUACUGUUUAGCAAAACUAUAUUUUAUUUAAGAAUUAUGAAAACGAAUGCUUUCCAUAAUAUUUUUAAAAUGUUCACAUGAAAUUUUCGCCUUCACUGUACACACUAGCCUUUCUUUCGGUGGUAUAAGGAUUGUAGAUGAAAAUUUACAGCAAUAAUUAGUACCUAAUAGUAGUACUUUGCUGGUAGAUGCUAUAUGAUAUAAUUAUGUGUGAUAAUUCGCAAUUUAUUUAUUAAGCGCUGUUUUAAACUUUGUUUUUGUGGACAUAAAAAAAUGUUCGCAUAAACUUAUUCACUACAAUUUAUGCAAAUAUUUUUGUGUGUGCAUACAAAACGCUUUUUAAAAGUUAUUAUGAUAUUAAAAUUGUUGCGGCUCAUUUUUUCUCUGUAGUCGCAGGGAAAAUGUUGUAUCAAUUAAUUUAUUCUUAGGUAAAUAAUACUUGUUAAUUUUAUUUCUUAUCGUGUUUGUUUGUGAAAUGUGUUUCAGACAAAAAAAUGCUUCAUUGUAAACGGAGUAUUUUAUUUUGAAUGUAAUUUACUUUGUUAACUUGAAGGGUGGCAUUUACCACUGCAAAUGAAAUACAUUACAACACUUAUCUACAGUAAUUUAAUGUUUACUAUGAAAAUAAAAAAAAAUGCAUAAAUCAAAAUGUAAAUCCACAAAUUCAUAGUGUCCAGCAUAACAAGAAAUACUUAAUGUAACUUUGCAGUGGUCAAGCCCUAACCCUAGUUAUAAUAAAUAAGUGCGAACUAUGUUUAAGUAAAAAAAAUAUUGUUGUUGUUGAUAUUUUGCUGGCUUUGAAUGACACCACUCUUUAUUGCUAUUGUUAAAAGUUAUUGCCAAAUUUUUAUUUGUCCUAAAAUCUUUUGUCUUUGUACAUAUCCAUUAAAUAAAAUUAUGUACCGAGAAUAAGGU